UAUCGAGAAGCAUUUAAUCUCUUCAAUGUCAACCAUACAGGACAUUCUUCUAGAGACCAUCUUCACCAACUCUUACAUGCCUUUUCUUCUUCUUAUUGUUCUCAGAUUACCAUCUACAUAUAGCCAAGCUUGGCCAAAAAUAAAAAGGUAGGUUCAAGCUGCUGCUCCGAAUAUCCGACCUCAUCUCAUCAACCACUAAAAGAAAAAGGAAAUCUCCAUUUUGGAUAAGCUGCAAACUAAAAUGGGGAUAACAAUAUUUCCCACAGUUGAGAAGUGCACAUCAGAAGGAAGAGAAAAACAUACAGUAGUAGCAGACUUGGAUGGAACUUUACUCCGAAGUUGUAACUCUUUCCCAUAUUUCGCCCUGGUUGCUUUUGAUGUUUCUGGGGUUUUAAGGUUACUCUUUCUUCUCUUAGUCUUACCUCUUGCCGGAAUUCUUUACUAUUUAGUCUCAGAGUCAGCUGGAAUCCAAGUUAUUAUCUUUACAACUUUUGUGGGGAUGAAAGUUUCCGACAUAGAAUCGGCAGCACGUGCUGUGCUGCCAAAGUUCUAUUCAGAGGAUCUUCAUCCUGAGUCUUGGAGAGUUUUUUCGUCGUGUGGAAAACGUUGCGUUUUGACAGCCACCCCUAGGAUUAUGGUGGAAGCAUUUUUAAAGGACUAUAUAGGCGUGGACAUAGUUUUAGGGACAGAGAUUGAAACAUAUAAAGGUAGGGCAACUGGUUUUGUUAAGUCACCAGGGGUUCUUAUUGGGAAGAAAAAGGCUGAUAUUCUCCAAUCGACGUUCGGAGAAACUCAACCUGAGAUUGGAUUGGGUGAUCGUCAUACUGAUAUUCCUUUUAUGACAUUGUGUAAAGAGAGCUACUCUGUGCCACCAAAUCCAAAAGUAAAGGCUGUAACUUUAGAUAAGCUUCCUAAACCUAUUAUUUUCCACGACGGCCGCCUUGUCCAAAAGCCAACACCACUAACUGCUCUUUAUAUUAUUCUUUGGAUCCCUUUCGGUUUCCUCCUUUCUUGCCUGCGAGUUAUUAGUGCUUCACUCCUCCCGACCCCUCUUCACUACUACGCAUUUCGGGCCCUUGGCGCCCGUCUCACCAUUAAAGGAAACCCACCACCCCCUAAGAAAUCCAAAGACCAUUCUGGUGUUCUAUUCGUUUGCUGUCAUAGGACACUUCUUGAUCCUGUUUUUCUCUCCGCAGUUUUAGGUCGCCCUAUUCCAACUGUUACAUACUCUCUUUCACGAUUUUCUGAGCUUAUUGCACCCCUUAAAACAAUCAGACUCACUCGAGAUCGUGCCUCUGACGCUUUCGUGAUCAAGAAACUAUUAGAAGAGGGUGAUCUCACAAUUUGCCCAGAGGGGACUACAAGUCGUGAACCAUUUCUUCUUAGGUUUUCGUCAUUAUUUGCUGAGUUAACUGAUGAGCUCGUGCCCGUGGCAAUGGUGAAUAAGAUGAGUAUGUUUUAUGGCACAACAGCUAGGGGAUGGAAAUGGAUGGACUCGUUUUUCUUUCUCAUGAACCCACGUCCCAGUUAUGAAAUUACAUUCUUGAAAAAGUUGCCGUAUGAGUUCACUUGCAAGUCUGGGAAAUCAAGCCAUGAAGUCGCUAACUACAUACAAAAAGUUAUUGCUGAAAAUCUUUCUUACAAGUGCACUACUUUAACGAGGAAAGAUAAGUAUAUUGCUCUUGCUGGAAAUGAUGGCACUGUUAUGAAGAAGCCUUGAAUCAAGGUCUAAAGUAUAAUGGUUUGUUUACGUAGAUAGAGUAUCCUUUCAACAAUUAUGUAAAAGGUUGCUUGCUAAAAAUAUUUUGGAAAUAAUGGUUACCCAAA